CAGAGAGAUUCAGAUCGAGCGGAGAACAGGAGGAUUUAAAUACCUCUAAGCGGGCGACCUGCUCAGCCCUUCGGGUGUGGGAGGGUGACUGUUUUGUGUCUUUGCUAGACCGGGGGAGCAGGGGGGUGGAGGAGGAGGAACGGAUAAUGAGCUAUUCUUGUACCAGCACAGGCAACAGCCAGGACCCAUCGAGCUCUAAGAAGUCCGGCGGCGUUAAUCCCGGUAGUUGCAGCAGCAGCAGCAGCGGAGACACCGGCAACGGCAAUAACCGCCACAGCAUCCGCGGCAGCAAAGCGAACUCGAACCCUGAUUUAUCCGAGGCCAUGAAAGUCAAGAAGGGCUGCAACACGACAGACGUCGGGGUCCCCGUCACCACAGAGGAGGAAUUGCUUGCGAACAAAACGAUCACCCCGGAGGAUGUGCUGGGAUUGCAGAAGAUCACUGAAAACUAUCUGUGUAGUCCAGAGGAGAAUGUAUACAAUAUUGACUUCACACGGUUCAAGAUCAGGGAUAUGGAGACAGGAACAGUACUGUUUGAGAUCACCAAACCACCAGCCACAGAUAAAGGAGGGGAUAAAAGAGAUGUUGAUCCAAAUGCUGGCCGGUUUGUACGUUAUCAGUUUACACCAGCUUUCUUACGGCUACGUCAAGUAGGAGCCACUGUUGAAUUCACAGUAGGAGACAUCCCCAUCAAUAACUUCCGGAUGAUCGAGAGGCACUAUUUCCGUGAACAGCUGCUGAAGAGCUUCGACUUUGAGUUUGGCUUCUGCAUCCCGAGCAGCAAGAACACCUGUGAGCACAUCUAUGAGUUCCCACCGCUCUCAGAGGAUCUCAUACGUGAGAUGAUUCUCCAUCCUUACGAGACGCAGUCUGACAGCUUCUACUUUGUGGACAACAAGCUGGUCAUGCACAACAAAGCAGAUUAUUCGUACAGCGGAGGCCCUUAGGACAACCGUGGGAGGGGACUGAGGCAGAGAGUUUGACUGACAGACCUAAGAACCAAUCACAUGUCUUUGUCCAGCAGUCACACCCUCCUUGAAUCAGUGUCAUAGACGACCGCCUGCAGUGCGCCAUGCCUGUGUUUGAGAUCUAGAGUUGUAUCGUAAGGUCUCGUCCAAUGCAUACAUAUCCUAUUCUGAUUUCACACUGCCAUCAUUCACAUCAGCAAAAAUAGAUAUUAAAGUGUUUAUUUUGUAACGUACCCCAACGAUGAGCAAAUUCCCUCCAGUCCCAAGUUUUGUAUGGGCAAGGCACUGUAAUGUGAAUGGUACUUAGGUUUUACUAUUCAGUGUGUGUGUGGGGGGGGUUUGAUUAAAUGAUUUUGUGUGUGUGUGUGAGAGAGAGAGAGAGGGGGUGUUCAACACUGAUAAGACCAUUAUAUAUUGUUGAUGUUGAUGAGUAUUUCUUUCCCUGUCAGAAUAAGCUACAUCAUAUUUAAUGAUAUUUGUGGACUUUUCAUCCUAAAUAGAAUAUGAUAUGAUUUUAUGGUGAGACCUUGACAUAAUUGAUAGAUUUGUGUUGCAUUAGAUAUAUUUUGAUACGUGAACAAGCUUUCAAUUUUGAGAUGUUGAUUAUUUGUGUGGUAAAAAAAAAAAAAGACAAGCAAAAAAUCUGUCAAAAAAUCAGUUCAAACAUUCAUGGUGCACAACUGAUAAUUAAUAACUUUUGCAUUCAAAAGUCUGCGUAAAGUUUCUGAUUAUAUGUAAUUCACGCUCUAAAUGAGAGGUUGUGUAGAUAAAACAACAUUGUAAAAACCGCCUACUGAAAAGGGAACACAGCACACGUUAUAAGCCUUGACAUUUCAAACGUCUGGUUCGUGUGGUUUCUUUUUGUCUUUGUACAAAACAAAAGGAAAGAAAUAGCCGUUCUGAGCUGUCUAAAGAACAGUAGUUCAAAGAGAUCAAGAGAUGGCGUCUCUUCUCAUCUCUCCAUCUAGCAUUCCCUUUCUCACACAUUCCAGUAAAGCCAGGCCCUUCAUGGCUGUUUAGUGCACAUAGCAGAGGUUAGAUUUAACAUCUUAUCCAAGGAUGUAUCUAUGAUCCGUGUAUUCAUAGUGCAAAAAGUGCAUUUAGGAGAAUGAUUUACCCGUUUUUGGUUUCUGAAUAAAAAGGAGGCUUUCAAAGACUUCUACAAGCGCGUAAAAUGGAGGAAUAACUUGAAAAAUGUUUCUAGUCAGAUGUAAUAUGUGCUUUAUUUAUGAUUGUGAUUUAUUGUAAAUGAUUUUGAGGGGGGAGAAAAUAAAACGUAUGUUUCGGACAGUUCAAACGCCAGUCUGGAAUAAAAGAGAAAUAAAUGUAUAUGUUGAAUUUUUUUGAAAUGAUU